AUGAGAACCACUGUUGCAGAUCACCCGAAUCCAGAUUCCGUCUCAACAACGGUCAUGGAGACGGUGAACGGUUCACACCAGUUCACCAUCAAGGGCUACUCUCUAGCCAAAGGCAUGGGACCAGGGAGAUACGUAAAGAGCGGCGUCUUCUCCAUCGCCGGAUACGACUGGGUGGUCUACUUUUACCCCGACGGGAAGAACCCCGAGGACAACUCCGCGUACGUAUCUCUCUUCGUCUCUUUAGAGAGUGAUUCUAGUGACAUUAGGGCUUUGUUCGAGCUCAAGUUGAUGGAUCAGAGCGGUAAAGGGAGGCAUAAGGUGCAUAGUCACUUUGAUGGUACGCUCGAAGGUGGUCCUCGGCCUCAUACGCUUAAGUCUAAAUGUAGCAUGUGGGGUUACAAACGCUUUUUAAGGCGAACAGUUUUAGAAGCUUCUGACUAUUUGAAGGAUGAUUGUCUUGUCAUCAAUUGUACUGUCGGAGUUGUUAGAGCCCGUCUUGAAGGUCCGAAACAGUUUGGCGUUGUGCCGCCACCGUCUGAUAUGCGUCAGGGACUGAAAGACUUGCUAGAUUCCGAAGUUGGCUGCGACAUAGCUUUCCAAGUCGGAGAUGAGACUUACAAAGCUCACAAACUCAUCCUCGCAGCACGGUCACCCGUUUUCAGAGCUCAGUUCUAUGGACCAAUUGGGAAUAACAAUGUGGAUACGAUAGUAAUAGAAGACAUCGAGCCUUCCAUCUUUAAGGCUAUGCUUAGCUUCAUCUACACCGAUGUACUCCCUGAUUUGCACGAAAUUACGUGGUCAGCUUCCGCCAGUUCACAUACGAACAUGAUUCAGCAUCUCUUGGCAGCUGCUGACCUCUAUGACAUUGAAAGGUUAAAGGUGUUAUGUGAAGUUUCUCUAUGUGAAAAUCUAAAUGUUGAUAAUGUGGCAAUAACACUUGCACUGGCUGAACAGCACCACUUGUUAGAGCUCAAAGCCUUCUGCUUAAAGUUUGUUACAUCUCCAGGAAAUUUGCGAGCUUUAAUGAAGUCUGAAGGGUUCAAGCACUUGAACCGGAGCUGUCCCUCUAUGUUGUCUGAGCUGCUGCUGAGCACGGUUGGGGAUAAGAGCUCGACGAGUGGACAAGCAAGCAAGAAAAGAAGUUCGUGCAGUAGUGUGUUAGCUUAUGAAACAAGUGCUGCGAGGCAAAUGAGGAGGAGGACAUAG